CGAUAACUACGCGUCUACUGCACUACACUACACUCUCAGUUUCAUUUUCAACUCCGUGCUACGUGUACAGUGUUCACUUUUAAUCCUAAUAAUUUAUACCCAUUAGUCGUAGAUUUGCAAGUUUAUUUAUGAGUGCGGUUCAUAUAAGGGCUUUUAUUGAGUUGGAAACGAAUUGAGCAUUUACGAAUUUAAAACGUUAGCAGCGAGCAUGGGUGCGAAGCAGAGCAAGCGCUCAGUUGAUAUAAGUGGCAAGGAGGCGGAAGGUGCAGGAGAGGUGGCUGCAGCAGGUGCUGGCGGCGAAGGCCGUGUCGAGCAGCUCGCUGAUGCUGAUGCCCUCAAGCCACAGCUCAAUGGUGAUGCACAUAUACACGACGCGGAUAAAGAUAAACAAGCAGAAGCUGGAACGCCAGAAAAUGAGAAAGAUGCUACUACGGAAAAGGAAUCAAAAGAACAAGAUAACGAAAAGGAGAAGGAAGCUCCGCCAGUAACGAACGGAGACAGCGGGGAACAAAAAGUAGAGAAUGGUGUGGAAUCUCCCUCAGCGCCCGAAGAUGGCAAGAAACCCAAGAAGGAGAAGGUCAAGAAGAAAUGGUCACUUAGAUCUAUCAGUUUUAGCAGAAAAGAUAAGCCGAAGCAGGAGAAGAAACAAAAGGAAGAGGAGCCUAAGACUAAUGGAGAGGCAGAAAAGGUCCCUGAAGAGGCGGCCGAAACCACCAAUGAGACUGCGAUUAAUGAAGUCGCUGAAGAAGCAAAACCAACAACCGAAAAUAAAGAGGAAAAGACUCCGGAAACUCCAGUAACUGAACCCAUCACUAACGGAAGCACUACACCAGAAUCACCCAAAGUGGAGGCUCCCGUUAUUGAAGAGAAUGUUGCACCAACCCAAGAAACCAACAGGCCUGAAUCUAAAGACGAACCUGAAGUGGAGCAGUUGGCUGUUAAUGGUCUAUCAUUGGAAGAACCCAAAAGUGAUGCAACUGAAGUAAAGAAAAUCGAGGAAUGUAAUCCUGUACAACCAGCGGAAACGACUGAGUCAGUUCCAGCCCCCGAAAUCCCUGUCAAAAAAGAGGAACCCCUACCUGUCAGCGACAAAAUAGCAGAUUUGAUCCCUGAAGUUCCAGUUGUACCAGAACUGAAAACUGACAUGGAGACGACGACUGACGUGGCGGUGGCCAACUAAUCACCACAUAUGACUAAACUCUAACGUCCACCGACACUUUAUGUGUCAUAAAAUGAGCCUUUAAUUUAUUUCCAUUUAGUACUGUGGUGUGAUUAUCGAACUAAGUUCGAUUUUUAUUUUAUAUUAUCAAAGAUGUGGAUUUCCGUUUCAAAUGUGACAUUUCAUAUAGAAUGAUUAUUAGUAUAAGUUUAGCGCUUUGCUUUUGUAAAAUUAAGAUUUUAUACAUUUUAUUCGCUAGGAUCGAUUUUUUUAUAAUUAUAUAAUAUACAAUAACAAAGUUAUGUAGGCAGUAUACGGUGCGAUAAGUUGGUGCCAUUAUUACAGGGGUAUUAGUUUGACGUUGUCGCGUGUUACUUGCUCCUUAAAUUAUUUUAAUUUUGCGAAAACUACUGCUGCAAGAUUAUUAUUUUAAUGAAAUAUUGUGAAUUGUAGCAUUGUACAUUUACCGUUAACUAAGACACUUCGACACAUUUCUAUGUAAAUGUAACAAAUUCGAUCUCAAUAACUUAGUUUCCGAUAACAUCGAAAACUUUGAAUUGUCUCAUAGUUUACCAGACUCAAAAUAAUUUCUCUAGAACUCAUUCAUUUAGGGCCCAAUAUGUUUCUUAAUAUAUUUUAAAACUCCUGUUUGGGAGGAGCGUUUGUGAAUAUAAUCCCGAUAAUAGAAUUGAAUAUCGUAGGUACAAUAUGGUUGUAAAUACAUGUGUGUGCCACAUGCACAUGGAGAUAGAUAUUUUAUGAUUGAGAACAUCUUGCGUUCUAGCCGAACACAUAAGUUGGCUUUUGUUAGAAAUAUAUUACUUAAUUACCAUGUUUAUAUAGUUUACCGGUGUAUGUUGGUGAUAAAUAUAAUGUAUGUUUAAGAUUAACUAAACAUAACAUAGGAAUUGUUAAUUGUUUGCUUCAUUAUAUCUGGGCAAGUAACAACACAUUUGUAACAAAUUAAAGUACAUAAUACGAAGAUUUAUAUUUGUCACUGUAAAAAAAAAAUAAUAAUAAUAUCAGUCUAGAAAAAAGCUUAUAAAGUUUAAAAACUGGAUAUUAAAUCAAAUGCUUUAAUAUAUCAGCUCUCGAAUAAACAUACUUUUUGAAGUCCUUGUUCAUUAUGAUUUCCAUAAAGUUAAAACUGGUUGAUUAGAAUUUCUAUGUAUCUUGACAGCAUAGAUGAUAUCUAGAAAUCGUAUAAACAUGGUAAUACUGUAGGAAUGCAACCCUAUCGGCAGACAUGAAAUGUAUACCACAUGAUGAUGAUACGAUCAUCGAAUUUUAGUAGUUUGCGACAUUACUGUAAUGUAUAUAUGAAUUCAUGAAACUUAUUUCAUAUUCUGUUAAUUGUGUGUCAAAUUGAAGUUUAAAAUUACAAAUUAAUGUAAAGUGUUAGGGAUGAAGUAAAAUAUUAAUGAAUUUCCUUUAUCUCAUUAGUAUGUUAAAUUUUUAUCAUGCACUUAUAUGUUAUUCUUCUCGUAAUAUUAAUUUAAGUUGUAUAAAUUUAGUUUCAAUACGGCUCUCUGUAAUACAAACUCAUGAAAUUCAAAUUUAGGUAUUGGUAAGUUACUCCUAUGCCUAGUGAGAUAAUUAUUAUACAAUAAGAUUUAAUUGUUUAGGCAAAAUGUCAAGUAAUAUUAAUAACAUUAUUAUAUGGUCAUCGAAUCCAAAUUAAACGAAUAUGUUAUGUUAAUGGAUGUGUGAAAUUUUGGAAUAAAUAUUCAGUGGCCAACUUUUCGAUAAUAUUAUACAAUUUUUAUGAAUAUACAGACAUUAUAUUGUGACAUUUAGAUUUGUAGUAUGUGUAACAGUUAGAUGAGGUAGUCAGAUAAUGAGGGCUGCCAUUAGUAGGUACUCAUAUCGGUUUCCACCUUAUACAAUUAGGAUGAUUCGUAAAGUUUGAUAUUAUUAUACAAUAGUGUCAGUUUUUCUACAAUAACUCGCAUGUCUAAUAUGGUUUCAUAAUCAUUUUUGUAAUUUUAUACAUUUUUUAUGAAAUUUAAAGUGACACAUCUGCAUGACUGGGAGAAUUACUCCAAUUAGCAGUAAACACAAAUGAGACAUUCCAUAUCGAACGCCUGUAUCACUUCAUCACAGCCCUGUACUCUCCAGCAGUCUUAAUACUGCACAAUUUUAUAUCUUGUAGCAUGCAAAUGACUACGUGCUUACGAAGACAUUAAGUAUUGAUUAAAAAUUUCAGCUUGUCAAGGAACCCAUAAAUGUAUCGUAAACAUGUGUGUAAUCUUUUCCAUUAUGCAGACAUUAUUUUUUUAUAUUAUAAAUAUUUAUAGUUUACGGUAUUGUAUAAAAUAAUAAUUAUUUUAAAGUAUAAACUUAUUUGCUCAUUCCCGCAAUUGGAAUUUGUAUAAUAAUAAUUAAUAUGUUAUUCCAAUUUAAUUAAAACUAAAUGUUGAUGUGUGAAUGUCUCUUAUCAAUAAAAUUUAAAAUGAA